AUGGAGCCCAGACACUCCCCUGGCUUCAUGAAGUAUGCAACCACUCUAUCCCUCACCGUGUCUGGACCUCUCAUGGCUGUAAUCUCCGAGGCAAUCCUCUACGAUAGCAUUCAAGAAGCCUUCCUCUCAAACAGGCUCACUUGGUUCGGCGUUCAAUACGUGUGCGAUGCCCGGAAUUGGACACAGCACCAGAUCAUGUCGCUGCCAUCCAGCGCAGAAACAUCAACGCUAACUCUGCACACUCCUCAAGCCGUUGUAUUCGACGCGGUCCGUUAUGCUCUGAUUGUCUACAGCCUGAUCGCAAUCCUCCCCUUGCCCCUAUGCUCAGUUCCGUUCCCAGAACUAGCUGAUAGGCUCGAGCCAGCAAUUUCCCAAACCCUUCAGUACGGCGCGGAGGCUACAUCAACAACACUGCUCCUAUGGAUAUCGUCGAUGGCCGCAUUGGCUGCAAUUGGGACGCCUAAGCGCGCGUCUCUCGUUGCAUUUGCUGCUCGUCUCUGCCGGAAUCUGCGUAUUGAUUCUUGGGAGUCAAUGCAAACCAUACUCCAAGACUAUUUAUGGUCUGGAGAUAUCAGCGAUUUCGAUGGCAUGUACCUGUUUUUAGAGGUGCAGAAGCAUAUGUUUGAGCAAGACGGUGGGACGGGCGAUGUACUUGAAUACGAAAUGGCCUGA